AAGUUCGUCACAUUCGCCUGGUACUCUACUAAGCAACAAUGUCCGGACGUGGCAAGGGUGGAAAAGGUUUGGGUAAAGGAGGCGCCAAGCGUCACAGGAAGGUCUUGCGUGACAACAUCCAAGGUAUCACCAAGCCCGCUAUCCGUCGUCUCGCCAGGCGUGGUGGGGUCAAGCGUAUUUCCGGUUUGAUCUACGAGGAAACUCGUGGCGUAUUGAAAGUUUUCUUGGAGAACGUGAUCAGAGACGCAGUCACGUACACCGAACACGCUAAAAGGAAGACCGUUACGGCUAUGGACGUCGUCUACGCUUUGAAAAGGCAAGGACGUACUCUCUACGGUUUCGGAGGUUAAAUGCGGCUUUAUUUUUCUACCGUUUCGACGGCCCUUUUCAGGGCCACCA